AGAAGUCUAGCUCAAGACAGUUCAGCUCCACUUCGGCUCCACUCCUUUUGAGAACAGCAACAGCAGCAGCUGCAGAAUGCCGCUACUCCAGAGGGUCUGCCUCCUUGUGUGCCUUGUUUGUAUGGCACAGGUGACCAUGCAGCAAAAUACCAGACUCAAGAAAAAGCCAGAGCCCAGGAGAGAUGUUGUAAGUCUCAAAAUGAUCGAAGACCUUAAAGAGCAGCUAGAUAACCUCUCCCAAGAGGUAACUCUACUAAAGGAAAAGCAAGCCCUUCAAACAGUUUGUCUGAAAGGCACCAAGGUCAACCUGAAAUGUUUGCUGGCUUUCUCCAAUGCAAAGACCUAUCAUGAGGCCAGUGAAGACUGCAUUGCCCAAGGUGGUACCCUCAGUACCCCCCAGACUGGAGAUGAAAAUGAUGCCCUCUAUGACUACGUGAGGAAAAGCCUUGGGACUGAAACAGAAAUCUGGCUUGGCAUUAAUGACUUGGCAGCUGAGGGAAAAUGGGUGGAUAUGACAAGCACCAGAAUUGGCUAUAAGAACUGGGAAACAGAGAUCACCAUUCAGCCUGAUGGUGGGAAACAAGAAAACUGUGCAGUGUUAUCAGCUGUUGCUGUUGGAAAGUGGUUUGACAAGCGGUGCAGAGACACAUUGCCUUAUGUGUGCCAGUUCCUGAUUGUUUAAUAGUGGGGUUCCUAGUAUGGAAGAACAGGCCAAGGCAUUCCAUUUGAUGCCUGGAAUAGAGUUGUAUGCAGAUAUAUGUAAGAAUAGGAAGAAUAAAAAUUCGCAUGUGUGUGUGUACACACAUGUGUAAUGAACACAUGCACAUGUAUACCCAUGUACAAAUAAAAUUAUGGUUUGGUAAUGGAUUACAAUGUAUUAGAUCUGCAUUGCACUUUACUCAAAGUUUUUAGCACACAAAUUAUUCUUAAUAGCAUGAGUUUUAGAGACUUUUUACACCAGAACUUAUUAGGAUGGCUUAACUCUUUGAGCAACAUAAGAACUUUGCAAAAAUGUUAUGGCACUUUAAGACUUACUAUUUGUUGCAUAUAAUAAUCCUGCAGGCCUCCUCCCACACCACCACCCCUGCUGAUUGCACCAAAGUAAAUUAGCUUUUGCUAAAUUAUUCCUAAAAUUUUCUGAUGGCUUGGGAAGCUGAAUGCACAUUAGCAUGGUCAAAUUUAACUUAAUUUUAUGCCAUGCUUAUGGCCAAAUUUUUAACCCAUGUUGAUUCAUUUAGCACUUUCAUAUCACUGAAAUCAGAAUUUAAAAGAUGUGCCUUAACCUAGGCUAUAUUAAUGUUGUGUGUGUAAAGAGCUGAAGAGGAGCUGCCAAGACGCAUGUGUAAAAAUAAAGACUAAAAUAAAAAAAUGAAAAUCAGAAACAACUCUAGCAUCUGGUAGUGGUAAUGAAGUCCUAUACCUCUUGGGUUCAUUGAUGCCCCAGUGGCAAAUCUUCCAAAAUCCACUGAGGGAUACCACAGGUGGCUACUUGGAAAUGCUUUGACAAGACAAAAUAUUUUUUUCACAUUUUUACAAUAGUUGACUAGUAGAGAAGAACCAGAAGUGGUUACAUCCAAGAUUAUCACUGCUAUUUUCUGUGUAGACUACCACAGUGUAUCUUAUCCCAAGUGUGAUGUUGAUCUAUUUUAUGUAGUCUAUCAGACAGCCUGAAAAUAUAAAGUUAUAUGGAGCCAGACUAUAUGUUUACUGCAUAUGGUGAAGAUAAUGAUUCCAUGGUGAUUCACUCCUGGAUUGAGCAAGUAGGGCCUUAAAUUGAUUGAUUCCUUUGAACUACCACACAAGUUACAGUUUAUCCCCACAGCUUCCUCUGACACAGUGAGAUUAAAUUGAUUUAAGUCAAAGAGCCUGAGCUGAUGAUGGUGAUGGUGCUUCCCAAACAGCUGAAAACUGAGGUCUGAUAUUUUCCCCCUCAGGAAUAGGGAACUGUGGCAUUCGCCCAGGUCACGAUUAAUAAUAUGCUAUUUGCAUAGACCAAUGGGAGUGCUGGAGGGGCAGAGUCAUGAAGUAUAAGAGACUCAGCAGGAGGAGAAGUUUAGAUAUGGUUUAGAUAGGGUUUUGAGAUGGAGAAUUAGAGAGGGUGUUAUAGAAUUGAGAGAGUUUUAGAGUUUGGGCAGGAGAAUGGCGGUUGAGGGUGGAUAAAGAAGAAUGUUUGUUUAAGAGUUGACAAC